GAGCCUGAUCAUUAGCAGCCAUGGCUGUGGAAGGUGGCAUGAAAUGUGUCAAGUAUUUGCUCUUCUUUUUCAACUUCAUCUUCUGGCUAUGUGGAUUCGCGUUGAUUGUCGUGGGAGUCAUGGUUCAGGUGUCUCUGAACAAAACCUUAUUGAUUAAGGAUGUGUCCGCCUCAGCAGGUCCCAUUGUCAUCAUCUCAGUCGGUGUCUUGGUUUUCUUCAUCGCAUUCUUCGGCUGCUGUGGAGCCUGGAAAGAGAACCAGUGCAUGGUCGUGACGUUUGCUGUCCUUCUCUCGUUGAUCAUCAUUGCUGAGAUUGCAGCAGCAAUCCUCGGAUACGUCUUCAGGAACAAAAUCUCAAAAGUCGUCCAGGAUAGCCUCACUGACAUGAUCAACAAAUACGGGAACAGCUCCAAAGAGACCCAAGAUGCUGUGGAUAAACUGCAGGAGACCUGGAAGUGCUGUGGCGUGAACAGCUCCUCUGAUUGGAAGAACUUCAGCCCUGAUGGUGGAACAGUGCCAGACUCAUGCUGCUUGAAUGUCACUAAAAACUGUGGAAAAGGCACCAUGACAGACGCCAGCAAAGUCUACCAGAAGGGUUGUCAUGAUGUUCUGGAGACCUUCAUAAGGAACAACAUCCAGUGGGUGAUAAUUGCAGCCGUCGUCAUUGCUGUCCUACAGGUUCUGGGCGUGGUGUUUGCCUGCUUGUUGGUGAAAAGCAUCCGCAGCGAAUAUGAAGUCAUGUGAUUUCCAGCAGAGUAGUUAAUGGCUGGUCAGCUCACACUUAGUGACAGCUUUAUUUCUAAACAUUUGUUAGUUGUCCUAUGCUUCUUUUAUUAUACAAAGAACAUCUUUCUUUCUUGAAUAUUUUUCUGCAGAUACAGGUCCUUCUCAAAUAAUUAGCAUAUUUUUGAUUUUUCUUUACUUUUUUG